UUGAUGUGUUAGUCCAUAGCUCUCAUACAUAAACUCUCUCAUUUGAUGUGCAUGACCUUUGAUGUUAAAAGCCCAUGCUUCUUGGGCCUUAGGUCAGCACCGACUAUGAAUAGGUUCAAAUCCACCUCCCCCUCCAUGAGAUUACUUAACAUCAUCUAAUUAGGUCUAACAUCUCUGUAAGCAAAUACGACGACAAUGAAUAGAGGAGAAAAUUUCGAGCCCAUUCCAAAUGAUCUCAUUGUCGACAUAUUCUCGAGAGUGUCUUCAAAGUCAAUCGGGAAGUGUCGUUGCGUGUCGAAGCUAUGGAGGUCAAUGCUUCUUCGUCCAGAUUUCACCGAGUUGUUGUUGACCAAGUCCUCCACUCGUCCACGUCUCUUUUUUGUCCUCGAAAGACACAAUGACUGGUGCUUCUGCUCGUCGCCUCAGCCACAAAAUCCAUAUGAGAAGUCUCUUGUAGUAGCCGCUGAUUAUCAUACCAAGUUCUCUAAAACCGAUUGGCAAGAUUUAAUUGGCCUUACCUCUGGUUUGAUCUAUAUAUCUUCUAUGAGUAUUUAUAGGGAUGAAGUGCGUGUGAUAUGUAACCCUAUCACGGGAAAGUAUGCGAGGUUACCUAAACUGAUGGUGAAGUACGAAAACACGAUCAACCUUUUUGGGUUUGAUCCGAUCGACAAGCAAUUCAAAGUGUUGGUCUUGAGCAAUAUAGUUUGUAAUGGAACGCUUAUUGAUAUUUUGACAUUAGAAAGUGGAAAAAUGAGGUGGAGGAAGAUCUGUUGUCCCUUAACCCACGAGGUUUGUUUUGAACGGAUAUGCAUCAAUGGAGUUUUGUAUUACUUAGGUUACAAAACUGAUGAAGAGUCUUAUGUGGUAGCUUGCUUUGAUGUUAGGUAUGAGGAAUUCAAGUUUAUAGAUGCAAAAUGCAUUGGGCGAGAGACUAGAUUGAUUAACUAUAAGGGUAAAUUAGGUGGGAUUGAUUGGGUCAAAGGAGGUAACCGUGAGUUGUGUAUGUGGGUUUUAGAGGAUGUCGAGAAACAAGAAUGGUCGAAAUAUGUUUACACUUUGCCAGAGAAUGAAGUCCUAAUUGAUUUAUACAAGUAUAAUGUUGCUGGAGUGACGGCUAGAGGUGAAGUUGUUUUGUCGAGGAAAUUUGCAGAUAUGUGGUCGUCACAGUUUUAUGUUUUCUUCUUCAAUCCCGAAAAGAACACUCUCCAACGUGUUGAAAUCCAAGGUUUUGAAGAUGAGGGAAGAGAGAUUUAUGUUUACACCUUUGUAGACUAUGUAGAAGAUCUUACGUUUAAUAUUAUGAAGACAUCAUAUGGUGCAAAAUCCAUAGAACAGGAGCGUAAACCCACGAGCACCGGUGUUGCGAGUGUUAACAAAUUUGAUGCUCUGUGUCUUUUAGAUUGUGAUGAAUUUACAGGUGCUGAAACCUGAUUCAUUCCCUUGCUCCCCAAGUAAGCUAAAAGCUCUCUCUAUUUUAUACAAGUUGUAUUCUCCUCUGUAAACAUCAAGGUAUCAAAGUUGUUCUUUGUAGGAAUGGUUUCAAAUCCACUUUAUUUGACUUUAAAUUCCAUUUUAUUUGAAUUUCAAAUCCACAUUUUAUUUUAUUUGACUUUAAAUUCCUUUUAUGUUCCCUAGAAACUCUAUGUCUAAUUCGUCGUGUGU